AGCGCCAGCCUCGUGCUCCUUACCUGCGUCUGCCGACUCCGACCAGCACUGCUGCCCUCCCAGAGUUUCUCCAGUCUGUGCAUCCAGGCAGGGAAUGCUCCGGGCAACCAGUAGCCCCUGUCUGCCACGAACCUCCCCGCGGCUGGCGCCCGUCCGCCUUCCCUCCCACUGCUUCUCCUGAGAGCCCGCGGGUUGCGCCCACAGCGGGGGCACAGUAGCAAGCGGAGGCAGACGGCCAUCGGAGCGAGAAGCCUGAGCCAUGGGGCGGCGGGUCUAACGAAUCAAACGAUUCUCACUUCCCAGCACCGCCCAACGUCCGCUGCAUCUGAACUCCGCCUCAUACCAAGAACCGACUCUCUUACCCCCGAGCCGCGGAGACUGUACCCUCUCGCGCUCCGUAAUCGACGGCCUCUGCCCCUAAAAAAGAUGGCGCCUACUCUACCCGACCCCGCCCUUUGCCCCCAUCAAAUUCUAGACUGUUUCACUUUCGUGUCACUGUUAACGGGAGAUGGCGCCGAUUCCCAAGACUGUGGGGCGGAUCAAGCUAGAGUGCCCUCAGCGACCUGGAUGCCCACUGGAGGUCGCUGCUGUCCCCAAACUCUGCAAGGAAUUCGAACCAGAGGACUGCGGAAAAGAGAACUUCCCCCAACACCAGCCUCCCCUCCACUCCCCCUCCCAGGACGUAGUGGAUUUUCUUCGCCAGCUUGUGGAGAGUGAUCCCCAGGGCCUGCACCGGAUCCAUGUGGAUGGGAGCAGCAGGCAGUUGCAGCAGAGGCACCAUGAUUACCCUCUGGACCAUUUCUGUGAUGAAGGAAACACGACUGGAUGGAGUAUCAGGGGCAAGGGGGCUGAGGGACUGGACACCUACUGUGGUCUCCAAAAGUCCUUCCUGUACCCUCCACAAGGGGCUGAGCCCAGUUCUCAAAGCCCCUCUGCCUCUGCAUCCUCCCCUAGUGCCUCAGAUAGCCUGCUUCAGGUGGCCCUGCCCCAGAAACUCCAGGUGACAGAAGAGGAAGCCAACCGCCUGGCUGAGGAACUGGUGGCUGAGGAAGAGCGCAUGAAACAAAAAGCAGAGAAGAAACGACGCAAGAAGAAGGUGGCUGCAGGGUGGAAGAAGGGAGCCGAAAGGGAAUUAAAGAAGGGAAAUAAGCAAACUUUCCUCUGGCUAGUGACUUUUUAUCUUCUUUUCAUCUAUAAAACGAUACAUCUCAUCAUUGUAAUCAUUAUUGUAGCGUCCAAAGGAACGGAAGCGACAGGAGCUGUUGGGACAGGAUGGCGGGGGAGUCUCAGGGGAGUUUCUACAGGCAGGUACACAGAGCAGCAAGGCCAGGAAAGGUGGGGGAUGAGAAGGCAGGAGAGCCAAGAUGAUCCCAACUCUGUGCCUGCCCACUUCCAUCCAGGCCAAGGCUACCUCAGAUGGGAUGAGAGCCCCCCAGCCAGCCCCAGGAAACCAGCUCAGGGACAGUGUGGUGAGGAAGAGGUUGGGGAUUGGGCCCCCAGUGCUCACCAAGAGAAGGGAGUGAGCCAGGAGCUCCACAUCAGGGGCCAUGGCUCCCAGGAGGAGAUGGGCCAAGAGAAAGGGAAUCCUCCAAGAGAGGAGAGGCCCAGACAGAAUUGUAAAGCCCAGGCAUCUACAGGACUGCAGGCAGCUGCCUUACAGCAGAGCCAGGAAUUAGCAAAGUUGGGUACCAGCUUUGCUCAAAAUGGUUUCUACCGUGAGGCUGUGGUCCUUUUCCCCAGGCCUUGAAGCUCAAACCCCCGGGACCACCGGUAGGUUAUUGGAAAUCGCUCCUUCUGCCAUGAGCGGCUGGGUCAGCCAGUGUGGGCCCUAGCUGAUGCCCAGGGCCUUACCCUGCGGCCUGGCUGGCCUCGGGGCCUCUUCCGCCUGGGCAAGGCCUGUCUGGGACCAAAGCGCUUUGGGGAAGCUGCUGCUGUGUUCCAGGAGACUCUGAGAGGUGGUUCUCUUGAUGCAGCUCAGGAGCUCCACUCUUGCCUUCUCCAGCUCUCUCUGGAUCAUCAGCAAGGAAGAAUUUGUGUGCCACCUGGAUUGACCAGGGUCCCCCAGGGAUUUGCCCAUUCUGAGCCAGGAGCCUCAGGCCUACUCUCCCAUCAUCCUCAAAGUACUGCUCCAAGGGCCCCUGGUCUGUCUCCCACCCUUGCAUUAUCCUCCAUAUCACCUGAGCCGCUCCAACUGGUCCUUCCUCAGACUCAGAGUAGAACCCACUCUCUCCAUCUCCAGGACCCUUCAAAGAACUGGGACAUCCUGGGAUUUGGGUCCCAGCAUCUACCUCAGGCUAGAUGAAAGAAGACAUGUCCCUCAUAUGGCAAGGCCAAGCAUACAUCCCACAGGGAUGGGGGACACUGUGGGGAUAAUUCAUAUUUUGAGACCCUGCACUUGAAAUCUGUAGUUGAGGACACUCCUGGCAGUCCUUGCCACUGAGGACCUGCUGAUGAGAGGAGGGAGUCUCACAUCUACUGAAACGUCCUUUCUUUGGUUCUUAAGCAGAUGGUUUCUUCUGGGGGCAGUAGGAAAAACAAAAUCCACCAACACUCAAGACAGGAAUUGUAUGGAAGUUUAGCUCUUUAGACUAUAUCAGAGUCAGUAAGGACACACCUGGGGCUUCCUGACCCUCAUUCGCCAGCUCAGAAUGGGGUCAGACCAAAUGAACAAGGUUUGAGUAACACUUCAGUUGAUGGCGCUCACCUCUUCAUUACCCCAGUUCUUGCCCUAUCUUCUUUAUCUCCAAAGCCCCCAGGUUGCUUCAGUCCCUUGGUGCCAUUUCGCGUCCAUGUUGUUGUGCACACUGUGACCUCUCCUUUGUCUGAUGUCCUGUACCCACACACACUCCUGGAAGAUUCUUCAAGAGUUUGCAUUCGAAAUAUCCCUUACUGUCUGCUUUCCUGGAGCCAGCAGGGCCCCACACAUCUCCACACUCCCUACUGCUGGCUCUCUUGCUACAUGGUACCCAGGCCCACUGAUACUUCAAUUUUUCUAUCCCAGUACUGGGCACUGCAAUUAGCCUUUUCCCAAGUGAGUUUUCUCACCUAAAGUCACUGCCCCAAAGAUGGGCUAUAAUUCUCUACUUCCUGUGUAAGAAAACAUGAUCUCCUUUUGGCUUCUCUAAGUCCUGGCAGCUUCCUUGACUGAUUCCUACUGACCUUACCUAGGACACUUAGCUCAUUUAGGUGCGGAUCUACAGGGAGGCACUUUUAGCCCUCUGGUCUAAAUGACUUCCCCAGAGGAACCAUUCAUGCUCUAUGGGUCUUGUUCAAUACAGUUUGUACCUGGAGAUAGGAGGUAUUGAAAUAUCACUUUUAUAUAGGACUUUCCUAAAAUUUUUUGUUUUGUGAUUUAAAGCCCUUAAAUACUGUAUAGCUGGAUGAAGUCUUCCAUUACUGUCUGGGUCACUUUGGGCAAAUCUCUCCAUAUUUAAGCCUCAGUUCCCUCAUCUGUGAAAUGGGUAAUCCCUACCUCACAGGGCUGCUGUGAGAAUUAAAAAAGAGAUAAGAAAAUACUACAAAGUGCCUAGUACAUGGAGGGUGCUAAAUAAACUAUUUUUGCCUAUAACUAUCCUAUAUAUUUGUGAUUCCUGCAGUGGAAAAGAAGGAGUAAGAGUGAAUCACUGCCUGAAUUCAUAAAAUCCAGAGUUCCUAGACUAUGGGUCUCUAAGUAUGGUCUUUGGACCAGCAGCAUCAGUAUCAUCCAGGAACUUAUGGCAAAUACAAAUCCACAGGCCCCAGGCCAGCUUCCUUCAAACUGGAAACCAUAGGAGGGGGCCCAGCAAUUUAUGAUUCAAUAUACUUGCCAGAGGAUUGCGAUACAUUCUGUUCUAGGGUUUAGAGAGAAGAUAUCCAUCCAGAGACCAUUCUGGUGGGAGAGGUUUGUUAUACAGGGCCUGAGUAUAAGAGGUGGCAGCACUGGCACACUGGAAUUUAAGAAAACUUAUUUGCUUUGGAAUUCCUUGACUUUUCCCUGGGGAGUCAGCAGGUGGGGGGAAGUAGUUGUUCUUGUUUAAGGGAUAAUUAUAUUGCAGUGAUGCCUUAAGAAAUCUAUCCAUCUAGCUUUCCUGGUUUUGGUUGGGGAAGGAAAUCUAGGUGCUUCUGGGCUACCAACCCCUCAAGGAAUGGCCACCCAUCACUUCUGUGUGAUAUUUUAGCCUUUAGACUAGGCUAGCUUCUUGUUCUUGUUUGCAAUGUUUACUCCCAGCUCUCUUAGCCUUUCAAAGACUUGAAUCUUUUAAGUCAAGAGCCACAGGACCCCCUGACACCUUGUGCCACUGUGCCCUAUAUGUAUCACUCCUGAUUGAUAGGGUUCUGACCCAGCAGUCUAAGUUCCAAGUCUUCAGGACUAGAAAGUGGAUAACCAACAUGCUGGUUUUCCUGGAGUAUGAAGACUGGAAAAGUGUUUGGGCAAAUCAAGAAGGGUUGGUAACAGUCUAGAAAGUUUCCAGAGGGACAGUCUUUAGAAGGCAAUGAAAAGAAUAAGGGAGGAAGGGGAACGAGAGGUGGUAUGUGUGUGUUGUGUGUAUAUUAAAGGGAUAGCACAGCUGCAGAGAAUGUUUCGUAGCAGUAUACCAGUGGUCAUUGUUUCUGUCCAUGAUUUUUCCCCCCAGUUGUCCAGGUUUGUAAGGUCUUCACCAAUUCCUACAGUCCUUGGUCACCGGGGCAAUCAUACUUAUUCCUCUUUUGUGACCACCUCCUCCUCUUAGCCUGAAAAUCUAGCCCUGAAUUUUCUUUUUUCUUACCUUCUGCAGUGGCCAGAGAUAUACUGCUUUCCUCUGGUCUCCACCAGUCUGUGGGCCAUCAUGCACAUAGGGUAUUACCCUAUCCUAAACAUUGCUCUCAGGUCUCUCUAAAACCUCCUGGGACCAUGCUCUUUGGUACAAUACCUAAAUUCCCAACUUUAGCCUUUUCUGCUCUCCUGUUUUUGUAAUUCUUUGCUUCUUUCUGUUAGACUCUGUCCUCUUUACAGGGACAGUAGCUGUAGUUGUUAAAGCAUGUGCUCCUGAGUCAGACAAGCACAAGGGUUAGCCCCACCUGAUCAUUUACAAACUGCACCCAACUGGACAAGCUUCCUCAGGCUUUCUGUGAUUCAGUCUCCUUAUCCUUAAACAAAAAGGAAAGUCUCUGUUCCCCUGGGUUAUUGUGAGGAUUAAUCCACACAGAGCACUUGGAAUGGCUCAAUAAGGGAUAGUUACUUCUGAAAAUGCCAAGUUUCUUCCUACCUUCCAGUCUGUCUACCCUUCCUGGAAAAACUUAUUAGCCCUCUACCUGCAACUGAGGCCCAACACCUGGCACUUGAGCACUGGGAACCUCUGGGCAGAAACAGGAGCAUCUGAGGAGGUCAGGAGGACUAAGGAAAAGAGAAUUUGGAAAAAGAUUAAGCAUGGUCUUGAAGAUUGGCUGGGAUGGCCAGGGAUGGGGAAGACAGAAGGCCUGCAACUAAUGGAGUUGUUCCCCUCCCUUCUCCCAUCACCCUGCAGGAGGGUGAUUAAGUGCCAACAGAAUAAAUGAAUGUCAAAAAUGUCAGCGUUGGAGCUAGACUGGGAUCCCCACCCUGCAAACCUCGCUACUCCAAGUUCUGUCUGGGGGCCAGGCCUUUCCACUUUCCUGGGACUUGGUGAUGCUAAGAACAUUUCUGAUGCAGGAGCCAGACAGAGUUC